AUGCAAACUUCACGUUUGUAUUCAUUAUUUUUUCGUAAUUACACUAAAACAUAUUAUAAGCCAAAGUUUGGAAAUCGUAAUAUCCACAAGGUAUUAAUAUUACAAGCAACAAAUGAAGCAGCCAAAUCACCACCUCCCGCAGAGGGUUUCUCGGUUGAAGUUACACAAUCGAAAUUCAUUAGAAAAACUCGAGAAGAAGCAUUAGAUAACCCAGAAUUGGCAGAGACCAAUGUUGCGCAGGGUGAAACAAAGCAGAUGAACAUGUUUCAGUCGAUCAAUGAUGCGAUGCGCAUCGCAUUAGAUUCUGAUGAUAAAGCCGAAGACGUAGCUUUUGGUGGCGUAUUUCGGUGUACUAUGGGGCUUGCUGAAAUGUUUGGCAAAGACCGAGUGUUUAACACUCCAUUAACUGAACAAGGCAUCGCUGGAUUUGGCAUUGGCAUGGCAGCAAUGGGGCAUACUGCAAUUGCAGAAAUUCAGUUUGCGGAUUAUAUUUUUCCAGCGUUUGAUCAGCUUGUGAAUGAAGCUGCCAAGUAUAGAUAUCGUUCAGGUGGUAUAUUCGAUGUUGGCGGUUUAACAGUUCGUUCACCUUGUUCGGCAGUGGGACAUG